GUUUUUUCCUCUCAUUCUGAGCCUCCGAUCCUAGUGCCCGCGGGCUCUUUUGUUCGCAAUACUUUAUAUAAGUCUUAAUAACUAUCUGUAAUGUCAAUAAUGUCUAAAAUUAUCUACAACUUUUCAAAUUUCCUAAUAUUUUAGACGACUGGCUUGACUGGGCUUGCUGUCUCAAAAAAUCCAAGGGAGGUACCAUAUUGUUUAUUUACUGUAUGUUGUGUCGACUGUACACUUUGAUUUAACCCAUUGAGUGCCAGUGCUUGACAAAUAAAAUUUUCUGGCAUUAGACAGAAUGAAUAUAAAUUAAUAGGGUUCAAUGCAACUCAAUUAAUGUGCUAAAUACCUGAGGCCGGUUGUUCAAAGCUGGAUUUGUGCUAACCCUAAUUGGGUAAAAUGUAACCUUCUGUUUUAGUUUACGUAUUUCUGCACGUCUCCUACUGACCCAGAUGAGAUUUUGGAAGAAAUAUUUCCAAAUUUAUAAACAAGCUGUUGGGAAGUUUCCUUUGAAUUUUAGGUUAACCUAGGGUUAAUUAAGCUAAUUGGUUUCCCAACAACCGGCCCCUGUUUAUUACCAAUUGAAAUUUAUGUUCAUCAUUUCACUCAUUCAUUUAGACACUGGUUUCAGUAUACAAUAAAACUUUGGAUGUUCUUUCCACUAUGCCAAGUACUGCUGUCUAUAGAACAUCAACUGAAAAUCUAACGAAACAAAGAAUGAAAUUGGUUGAAAUGGUACACUUUAUUUCCCUAUAUUUUGAGCAAAUUGUAGAUGUUUACAAUUAAGGAAGUAAUAGGUGUAAAGUGUUACAAUGGAUGGGUAUUCUACAAUUUGACUUGCUUGGAACACAUAGCCUAUGUACAAACUCUAAUUAUGCUUUAAUACAGUCUGUGAAAAUUUGUGGCAUUGCUUGUCGACCUCUAACUGCGCUACCCAGAUCUGGGUACUUGAUUCUGAUUGGUAAUAUUUUAAUAAUCUCAUUAGAUUCUGAUUGGCUGAGUUCAAAGAUCAACAAAGUUAGUUCUGACUUUUAAUAACAUAAACAAAUUUGUUACAUUUUAUUUGUUCAAUUGCGUAUCUUAUUAAUCUGCAAUACAUCAGAAACGUUUGCAUCUAUCACACUAUAUUUACAUUUUACAUUUACAAAACAGUCGCAUAUGGCAGCUAGGGUAUACGCAACAGGUUUCGCUAAUUAUUGCGGCCCUUUACAUAAUUCUUAUUACAAUACGAAGAAAUAUUACUCAAGACAGUUUAAUUAAAUUAACUAAAAACAACACAACUUUGAACUGGACAGACUACGACAUUUAUUACAAGAAAAACAUAUAUAGAUUUAAAUGUUCGUGGAUCUUCAACGUCGUAAUAACUGCGCAGGCCGUUUGUAAAUUCAUUCAAGGAUUAGUGUUCCGUGUUCUGGAAUUAUGCUGUUCCAGUGUUCCUGGUUUUACUAAUAGCCGCUACUAUCUAUUUGCAGGAUUAGUCAAAAAUCCUCAUGCUUUAGUCAAAAUUUCGCAAUCGUCAGUCAAAAUAGGUUUGACCAAUCAAUAUGCCUGUAAUGUGUAAUCAGAGCAAAUUUGACCAAUCAAAUUACAUGAACCAUAACGUAGAUUAGUCAAUUUUCAUUUGAAUACCGCUUAUUUGACUUAUCGUUUGACUAAUCAAUCGCUGGCUCAAUGUGUAAAAGUGCUGGAGUGUGAUAGAGUUUUGAUUGCGUGAUCGGAAAUGAAGGGAAGCGUUUGCGCGCUGGGAAAUAAUUUAAAAACCUUGAUCCAAAUUAUUUUAUAUGCCUUUUUUACGUUAGUCGCGUGACUAAUCUGACAACCCCUAGAUCCGCCCCUGGUUCAUCCAUGGGAGAUACAUGUAGUUUCGACCUUGGAAUUUUUUCUUUGGGAUAAAUUUCAUAACAGACUCCAGAAAGGUAUUUUUCUAGUUGGACCAAUCUUGGUUAAUAUCACCGUCCUCUGAUAUAAUGUUUGUUAGAUUAAUAGAUUGAAGAUGUGUUCGUAGACCAUCAAAAUCUGCCCGACGGUAAUCAAAUACAGUUCUCUUUGUUCGUGGUAGAGCAUUACAAGAUAAGGAAAUAUCGAAAAUUAUAGCGAUAUGAUCCGUAGAUAUUUCUGAGUCUGUUGGUUUUAGAAUUUCGCACAUUUUGAUCCUGUCUGGAAUAUUUAAAGUUUGAAGCAUAGAGAGAAGUAAAAUUUACAAUGAACAUCAAGUGUCAAGAAAAUAGUCCAACGGUCGUUGAUAUUUAAGUCUGGUUGUGACCAAUUGGUAGCCUAGCUGGGGGUCGACAAGCAACGACACAAAUUUUCAGACUGUAAUACAGCAUAAUACAGUCUACACACAGUGUAGGAACACACUGCUUAAAACGUUGUGUACUGUAAACUUUAAUAUCUCACUCAGGAGGCAAAUAUUGAAGAACUUGAGAAGAAAAUUGGUUGUGGUCAAAUUGAAGAAGUUAUAGAACAGGUAUGCCAAACUUCAAACAUACAAAAAUAUGCAAAAAUGUCAGACAAUUGCCAAUUGUUUCGUCUCUGUCUUUUGCAAUGACCUGCAAGUUCACUGCAGCCUUUAUGUCUAUCUCAGUCAAAAGGUGCCGAAUUCAGUUAUUCCUGAUUAUGGUGUAGGAAUAUUAUUAUAUUAGAGUAUUAAUUUUGCAGCGAAUGCUGUUCAUCAGACCAGCUACAAGUUAACCUAAAAACUGGCCACUCUCAAACCACGAAGACGGUUCAAACACAGUUACACAAACAAUCGCAGCUUAUUGACCAGAGCUUACUGACUGAAUAUUGUCAAAGGUUAUUGACUGAAUAUUGUCAACUAAGUUGGGAUUGGUGAACCCUCUUGAAAUACUUUAACAGUAAAAAGUAAAGUUGUAUCGUUGCUCUGUUAGGCAAAUGAUGAAUUAUCAUUGGCGCAGAAAAUGUCAGAAUGGCAACCUUGGGGACCUUUAGAAACUGAAGCUCCGCCUGACCAGUGGAAAUGGCCGAUUUGAAAAUCCACAUAGGACAACAUUUAGUGAAAUAUUGUUUAAAAAAUUUGUAUUAUAUUGUUUACAAGACGAGUUUCUAAAUAUAGAGCAAGAAAAAUGACUCGUUUGUUUUCUUUGAUUAACAUUCGAAGUUUACUCUCGUAACUAACGUGUUGGUCAACAAUCUCUGGCUGAUUCUCAAUAUUUCCUAGGUGUUGC